AUGAAGUUCAUGAACUGCUUGAAAGUUUAUUUUGUUUUGAAAGGAAUAGACAACAACGGAACUAUUUGCGGGGGUUUGCUUCAAGUUUGUCAUGAGUAUUCAGUGCAGACACACAACACAACAGAGCAUAAUUUAUCGCCCCCAGACUACGACAACUUACUCUUGAAAUGUAGAGCAGAGCUUGCAGAGAGAAAGUAUGUGGAAACAUUAGGGUAUUCCUAA